AUGGUCUCCCCCACAUUCGAACCUCGAUUAUCUGCUAAGCCCUCCAACAAGAUUCUGGAGCCCACCCGGCAUGGUACAGGAUACGAACUCGCCGACCUUCCCGGGACAGCGUGGUGGGAGCAGUACUCGCCCAUCGUAGCCGCUGUCACCACCUCUACUCCUCCUGAAUCUAAUGGUUUGACCGACCCGACCGGGCUUAUUUACAACGAGUUUUCGCACCUGCAGUACCUCGAUAUCCGAUAUACCUGGCUCUUCAAGACCACCAAAUUCAUACACAAUGAUCUCAACGUCGAGACCAUGCGUGCUUCCUUCCUGCGCGCCGCCCUUCCACAGCGACGAGCCGCCUUUCGCCACGUCACGCCGGGUCUCACUUUCCAGCCCGCCACCGAAGUCACCGCGCAGCCGUCCGCGUCCCGUCGCAAACAGCCCCUAGGCGGUGGCGUCCUUCGCGAAGCACCGGGAGGCCUGGUGCACAUACCUGUACCAGGUGGUUCAGUCUGA